UAUUUAUUAUUAUUAUUUUAAUCAGCAAUAUAUCCUGGAACACAGACAGUGUGACAUUCUACAUAUCCUAAUAAUUGGUUUAUUGCCAGUGUGAUAUAGGCCUAGGAAAUAAUAUUCGCUGAUAAAAUACGUUGUAUUGUAUGUAUAAGGUUAUAACUUUGAUAUGCUAUUUCUUAUUUACACUCAGAGGGUCGCUGUUCGUCGACAAACAGCGGAGAAACUGUAUUUCACAGACCCUCCCCCGUCACGCAAUAUCACGGAGAAAAAGGCAAUAAAGCUGCCACCUCAUUUUUUUUCCACAAAAACUGUUCAUCGCUCGUCGUCCCGUACGGAGCUAAUGAUUGCACUCGGAAUUUCAUAUAUUUUAAGGAUAGACGGAUUGAUUGUUUUCUUUUCUUUCUUUCUUUUUUUUUAGGCGUCUGUGUAUUUGAGACAAUGCCUGGCCCUGAUGCAAUGAUACGGCAUUCGGUGCUGUUUUUUACUCUUUUGAUUCACAUUGCGCGAGGACAAGUCAGUUACUCCAUUCCUGAAGAAAUGUCAAAAGGAUCGAUAGUGGGAAAUAUUGCGCAGGAUUUGGGCUUGGAUUUACAACGAUUAAAGUCAGGAAAAGCGCGAAUAUUUACCAGAGACAACACGGAAUAUAUCGAACUGAACAGAAACACUGGAUUGCUGCUUAUUAGAGAGAAAAUGGAUCGCGAAUCUCUUUGUGCAAAAACAACUCCGUGUGCUUUACAUAUUCAAAUGAUUUUGGACAACCCGAUGGAAUUAUACACGAUUACAAUAGAAAUCAUGGAUAUAAAUGAUAACGCUCCGAGUUUCCAGAAAAAGGACUUUAGCUUUGAGAUCAGCGAAUCGGCGGUGGCGGGUGCAGGUUUUAUGCUUGGGGGAGCUUUUGAUGCGGAUGUAGGAACAAAUGAUCUUCAGAAUUACUCGCUUAAACCGAGUAACCAAUUCAGGCUUGAAUUGCACAAUCAGGCAGACGGUAGUAAAAACGUUGAGAUGAUCUUACAAAGACCACUCGACAGAGAAACGCAAAGCUCGCUUACUUUGUUGUUAGAAGCAUUUGAUGGAGGCGAUUCGGUGCUUUCUGGCACUGUACAGAUACAGAUUACUGUGCUAGAUAAUAAUGAUAACGCUCCUGUCUUUACGCAAAAGGUAUAUAAAACUACCAUAAGAGAAAACGCACCAAAAGGUACUGUGUUAACAGUCGUGAGCGCAUCUGAUGCAGACGAAGGAUCAAACAGUGUAGUGACGUACUACAUAUCUGACACAGUGAACAAAAAUGUCGCCGACAUCUUUCUUAUUAAUGAAAAAAGUGGUGAGUUAACAUUAAAUGGACAGGUUGACUAUGAAAAGGUCAACUAUUAUGAACUUAAUAUCCAGGCAAAAGAUCAAGGAGGACUUUAUAACGCAUGCAAAGUAAUUAUCGAUGUCCUGGACAUUAAUGAUAAUUUGCCUAGUAUUCAGAUUCUGUCUAGUUCCCACUCCAUACCUGAAGGUUCUAACUCUGGUACUGUUGUUGCAAUGCUAAAUGUUGAUGAUCUUGAUUCGGGUGUAAAUGGGCAGGUUCAGUGUGUCAUGAAUGGGAAUUUCCUUUUGAAAUAACAUCUACGUCUAGCAAUUUCUUCAGCUUGCAAACAGAGCAGGGAUUGGACAGAGAGCGAGAAGCUGAGUACAAUAUCAGUGUAAUAUGUACUGAUGAGGGAGUGCCAGCACUAUCCAGUAAUGUAUCUCUUCGUCUGCAGAUAACAGAUG